AGUUUUACGACACCGGCUCCUUGCUUCCUGUCUGUGUAGUUGAUAGCUAACGUGUGAGAAACAACUACUUUACGUAUUUGUUUAGCUCUGGCUCAGAGUUUACGUUGUUGUACUGCACUAGUGCGACUCUCGUAGGAAAAGGAUAUAUAACUUACCUGCGACAUAGCUAGUUGCCACAUUCAGGUUUAUUACACUCACCGGCAGGAAUGCAUGUGACAACGGUUACCUGCUAGCUAACAUCAACUUUGGCUAAUAACGUUAGCUUGUCUGGUUGGCUUUGCAUGUCACAACACAGUUUUAUACAGACUGGUCACUUCUUAUGACAAGCAGGUAACAACAAACAAGUUGGCCUUGGGACACCGUUAUUAUACAGUACCCGAAAAUAGAGAUGAACUGUCAGGGCAAUCACACCCUUCCAUUGAGGGUGUUAGUGACAGGAGGGUCCGGCUUGGUGGGCAAGGCCAUACAGCAUGUGGUCAAAGAGGAGGGGGGAGCCAAGGAAGGGGAAGAAUGGAUAUUCCUCUCCUCCAAAGAUGCCAAUCUCAUGAACAUGGAGGAGACACGGGCCGUGUUUGAAAAACACAGGCCAACCCACGUCAUUCACCUGGCUGCUAUGGUUGGGGGGCUUUUCAAGAACAUGAAGUACAACCUGGACUUUUGGAGAAACAAUAUCUACAUCAAUGAUAACGUGCUGCAGGCAGCACAUGAAGUUGGCACGCUCAAGGUUGUUUCCUGUCUAUCCACCUGCAUCUUUCCUGAUAAGACCACCUACCCUAUCGAUGAGACCAUGAUCCAUAACGGUCCACCUCAUGAGUCGAACUUUGGCUAUGCGUAUGCAAAGAGAAUGAUUGAUGUUCAUAACAGGGCAUAUUUUCAGCAGCAUGGGCAUUGCUAUACAGCUGUGAUUCCCACUAAUGUGUUUGGUCCCCAUGACAACUUCAGCAUUGAGGACGGUCAUGUGCUGCCAGGCCUCAUACACAAAGCCUACAUUGCUCAAAAGGAGGGGAAGCCCCUGGUGGUCUGGGGCUCUGGCACUCCCAGAAGACAGUUCAUUUACUCUUUGGACCUGGCUCGUCUCUUCCUGUGGGUCUUGAGAGAGUAUCCAGAGGUCGAUCCAGUCAUUCUUUCUGUUGGAGAGGAAGAUGAAGUGUCCAUCAAAGAAGCAGCAGAAGCAGUUGUGCAAGCACUGGACUUUAAAGGAGAAGUGGUGUUUGAUACCAGUAAAGCAGACGGCCAGUUCAAAAAGACAGCCAGUAAUGCAAAGCUGCGCCACUACCUGCCAGACUUCACCUUCACACCCUUCAAACAAGCUUUAAAGGAAACCUGUGACUGGUUUGUUGCCAACUAUGACUCAGCCCGAAAGUGAAACCUCUGUUGGUACAAAGUCUGUCGAUCCAUGACCCAUUCUGUUGGAAGAGAAGGCGAAUAGAGAAGGUGAUGACAGAGAGAGGGCUGGAAGAAAACAAGGUGGUUCAUCUGCACAGGUAGAUGGCUGUUACUGAAUCAAGUGUGUCCGUUUGAUUCUGUGCACUCAGUGAGCUGGACUGAAUCUCACUUUGAAUUCAAGUCUGCAACACCAUACUGUAUUAUGUUGUGAAGGUUGUUGCAGACUUGUUUCUCGUUAGGUAUAAUAAACACUAUAUUGUAACUGUAGGCAUUGUAUUCUACUAUCUGUAUGCAGAAUUUAUUUCACUAUAGUGUAGUGUUACACAUUUGAAUUGUCCAUUGACUGCUUCAAUCUUGGAUUCUAGGUGCUGGCACAACUUACUAAUUUCAGUAAUUGUUUCUGUAGCAUUAAUCUUUUUCAGCAGUUCAACAUUUCAUUACGGAAUUACCUUCAUUUUUGAAGGGUUUGGAAUUUGAAAUGACCUGGCCUUGAUUCACUUUAUUUAAUGAACAGAAAGUAUGUGCUGUUUAACGUGUGGCAUGGAUGUUUUUUUACUCAGUAUAUUGGCACUUAAAUAAAUGCUUUUACCUAUAAUGUC